CUUUAAACUGAAGCAUCGGAUGCAUCUUUAAACUAUGGCUUCAAAACAGUUUUUAACAUCCUUACAACAAUUUCUGGGCAAAUAUCCGUUUUUUGCCUCUGGUCCAGCAAGUAUUUUAUUAUAUGGAUUGGAGGCAGUGAUUGGACAAAAAUUUUCCUGCCCGUGCAGUAAUGAGCUGAAUAUAUCUCGAACAGCGUCCAUCUUCAUCGGACUGUCUCUUCUUACAUUCGCAUUAAUGUUUUUCAUGAUAAGACCACUUCAAAACGUAUGCUGUCGGUGUUCUGCAGGAACAAACAAGGCUAAAGAUGGCAGGAAGAUUUGUCCAAAAGCUCAUUUACAUUGUCUGAUUCCUCCUUUUAUAUUGAUCAUCACUUUGUUACUUGAUGGGGAUUAUCUGGCUUGUAGCUUGACGGAGUGGAAAGGAAAAUAUGUUUUCAAUGAAGAAAUAAACGGCAUGUGGUGUAAACCCACUGAAUGGCCACAGACAAGAAAGGAGAGCAAACUUCGAAAUGAGUAUGUGGAGUUUAUCCACCGAUCUAAGACUUACGGUUAUGCAGUGAUCUCUGUCCUCAGCAUUUUAAUCAUUUCAGUGGGUUAUUGUAACUGCUGCUUCUGUAUAAAAUGUCCAGAUACACAGACGGAUCUGCAUGGACAGAAAGAAGGACAGGAACUCAAAUCACCUGUUCCUCUCCCCAAUCCCAUCUCUACCACUUCAGAAGCGAGUGGACUAAGAGAAGAAAACUCAUGAAACGUCAUAUUACUUGUUUAUGUUCUUUAGUUAUGUUUUUGUGGUAAAAAAAAGUUUCACGGGGAGUGAUCAAAAUACAAUUAUACUAUAUAAUUUUCUAUAUUUAAAAUAAUUAUAUACAAUAAUUUAAAAUCUGAAGUUAGUUUUUAAAGCGACUUGCAUUUGUUCCUGCAUGCACAAAUAUAAAUAAUGAUUAACUGUUCUGCUUCAGUGUAUUCAUUUAUUCAGGGAUGUCCUUGAAAAAGAUUAGACAUUUGUUUACUACAGUGAACACAUAUUUACAAAUUAUACACUAAAAUUGUCAAGCAUUGAUCAAUGUGUCAGCACAAUCAUAGGGGCGAGAAAGAGAAAGUAAACAUAUUAAACAUAUU